UGUUGACCUGUCAUUGCCUUCGAAACAAACUUUGUACCUGCUCUCCUUCCAUGGGAAACAGAAUUGAUGGUUUUUCAGGGUUUAGGUACUCUUUUGCGAAGGGUUUAAUUUUUUAUUUUCAUUAUAUACACUUAGCUAAGCAAUGAAAUGGCAACAAAUACUGACGACUCAAAAAGGUCUGAAAGUAGUAUUCAAUCAGUUACUAAGAGUGAGAUCAGUGACUCCAUCAAAGCUCAAAGUAGUAUUGUGUCAGAAAAUGAUCCACAAAAAGUGAAUGGCAGAAGUGAUAGGCCAUAUGUAGAAAGAAAAAUAUCCAGGCAAGAGAUGGCUCUUCGAACAGAAGGUGACAGUGAACACUCUAGGAGAGGAUCUUCUACAAGUCAUGGCAAAGGGGACAAUAUUGAGAAGGGAGAAACAACUCUUCAUUCUAAGGCAUCAUGUUCUUCAGUUAAAGAAUCAUCUGAAUCAUUAACAGGAAAUGAAGACAUAUCACGACAAAGACUAGAAAAUGCAGCAGCAAAAGUGAAAGUCAAAGCCACUAGUGAGGAGGAGAUAGCUCUGCAAGGCAUCCUGACCCAUUUCCACAGUUUCAGCUUCGAUAAAGCCAAAGAACAAGCAGAAAAAGAACGGGAUGCCAGUCGUAGUAGUGGUUCCUCAAUGUGGCAAGCAUUUCUAGGGUGUGUGGUCCAGUUUGUACAAGCUGAAAAGCUAUACAUGAAUAUGUCUUUCCUUGUUACAAAAGGAUUUCUUAGGAAAGAGGUAUCAGUACGAGCAGCCUAUGAAAGUCUCAUUGCAGAGUUAGAAGAAUUAUGCCUUGCAAAGAAAGUUUCCUUGAAGGAUGGUGAGACCAGUGCUGAUGAUGGAAUGACAGAUCAUAUUUACUCAGGGCUUCAUGACCUAUUACGUCACUUAUGUGGCCAGUUGCUUGUUUUCACAAGAGUGCGACUUAAAAUGAUAUCUUUUUAUGAAAAAAUGACUGCCAUGUCCAUGGGUCGCCUAAUGAACUUCGAGGAGCUGUUGUCAAUUCUGAAUGAUAUUAGCACCAAUCAUGCUAGAAGUUUUCAUCAUCCUCUUCUGUCAGCUGUCAAGACUAACUUCACUUAUGAAUGUGACAUCCAAGUACAUCUCCUGAGAGGUCAAAUUGAUAUGCAGUCAUGGAGAUUUCUGCCUUCUCUGAUAUCUCUGCAUGAUGCCAAUUCUAAGCUCAACAACUGGCACUCAUUCGUACAGUCAAAAGAGACAAAAAAAUAUGGUUUUGGGUCUAGCUUCCUGAAAUCAUCCCCAUUACCAAUUUUGUAUCAGUGGCUGUGGCAAGCAAAAGCUGCUUUUGUUUCAAAAUUUUCCUUAUACUUCCAUGAAACAUUAGCAACCCAGAGUUCUGUUGCAGACAUGAAGUCAUACACAUCGCGACAGGCCUGCGAUUAUGUAUCUAAGAUUCAAACUUUUGUACGAAAGACUGAUGCCUCUAGUGUUUGUCUGGUAUUUGAGGCAGCAGGUGUAGAAGAUUACCAGGGAGCUGGUUAUCACCAUCCAGAAGAGCUUGUGCAGCCUCCAAAAGGUUUGGAAAGUUAUCCUGCCAUAUUUUCAUACCCACCUACACGACCAAGGGAUAAAUGGCCAAGCAUUGUCAUGCGUGUAUCAGACAGAAGCAACGAGCAAGAAUUGAUGGACAGAGUUAUACAUUUCUUUGAUCAGCAGAUUGGUGCAACAUACUUCCUGUGCAGGGUUGAGCCAAGAAUAACUCUGGUUGUUGUUUUCGAGUCAAGAAAAUCAGAAAAAGACAGUUACAUUAAGGACUUUGUGUAUGAUAUAACAACACAGUUACGCUGCAGUAAGGUUUUUGCAAAUCUAAAACCGAAGUAAAUGUUGUAGUGCAUGUUUCUGUAAAAAUUUUUUAUAAUGUAUGUAAACAAGAUGUGCAGUGAUUUAGCUUUAAUGAUGUAUUUUUUUCAUAAAAUUUGAGUACUGGAAA